GGUGAAUUCACACUUCAGUUUGGUCAGUUAUUUACAGGAGUGAAGCCUACACAGAUCAGGCACAAUGGAAAGAUCUGCAGCCAUUCUGUGUUUUUGACCCGCACCUGGUUUUGGCGCACACUGAAGUGUGGCUUAGACAAGCUAGCGCUAGACUGACCACUGACACCAUCCAGGCACCUGGUCAGGCCAGGCGAGUAUCCUUCACUCCGUCAUACAACAUAGGACUUCAUUUAUUUCUACGGGGCUGAAGAAGGUGCAGGAUGCACACGACCAGUACCUGCAUUUGUGUGAAUGUAGCCUAAACGUAAAGUUGUGUGACCUGUAAAAUACAACACAAAGCACGUGCGCAAGCAUGGACAAUACCCUGCACGUGGACAUGACUUCAAAGCAGUGACUACUUAGUCUUCAAGCUUCAGGAGUCUCAUGGCCAAUUUAUCCAGCAUUUAGCAAAUAAAUCCUUCAAAUGCUUGGUGAAAUCCUUCUGCCGUCUUCUAGGAGUCACCCACAAGAAAGGAACAGUCAAAUCAAUUAGAUGCGCACCUGCUAUUAAUAAAGUGUGUCGGCAGCCUGGGGGCGCCCGAAAUAAAGUGGACUGGAGAUUGUAGCCAGACACUGUGGGCCAACUCCACCUGCACAUACAGACAGCGUAGAUACUCAGUCUCCCAUCAAUGGGGCUGCAUUCGGAAAUAGCUGUGGUCAGCUAUAAGAAGUCAUGAGGAACCGGCUAGCAUCAGACAGCGGAUGUGCAACCACCUCAGACACCUCCACGUAUUACUGGAGACGCAGGAUACAGACGUGUAAAGUGGUAAUAACUGCUUCAUGUAUGAGUACUAAAACGCCAACAUAAACCACUGAAACCCCACGUAUCAGAUCCAGAAGAGUGCAAAGCUAUAAGUCACCGCUCACAGAAUUAGUAAUGCACAACAGCAAAUACAUGAGACGACUGAUGGUUAUAGCUGUAUGGUGAGGGGCAGAUUAUCAGACCAGCUACCCACACUCAGCGCAGGAAGGUGUACAAAGACGAGGCGCUAAUAACUGCAGCACAAAAAGGUACUGUUAUUACGGUCCAUCACAGCGUAUACGCCACGCGGGUCCAUCACAGCGUAUACGCCACGCGGGUCCAUCACAGCGUAUACGCCACGCGGGUCCAUCACAGCGUAUACGCCACGCGGGUCCAUCACAGUUAUUACAGGACAUCACAGCGUCCUCAGCAGUAGGACACAGGACAGGUACUGUUAAAUCACAUCCAUGUACAGUCCUCACAGGACAGGUACUGUUAUAUCACAGCCAUGUACAGUCCUCACAGGACAGGUACUGUUAUAUCACAGCCAUGUACAGUCCUCACAGGACAGGUACUGUUAUAUCACAGCCAUGUACAGUCCUCACAGGACAGGUACUGUUAUAUCACAGCCAUGUACAGUCCUCACAGGACAGGUACUGUUAUAUCACAGCCAUGUACAGUCCUCACAGGACAGGUACUGUUAUAUCACAGCCAUGUACAGUCCUCACAGGACAGGUACUGUUAUAUCACAGCCAUGUACAGUCCUCACAGGACAGGUACUGUUAUAUCACAGCCAUGUACAGUCCUCACAGGACAGGUACUGUUAUAUCACAGCCAUGUACAGUCCUCACAGGACAGGUACUGUUAUAUCACAGCCAUGUACAGUCCUCACAGGACAGGUACUGUUAUAUCACAGCCAUGUACAGUCCUCACAGGACAGGUACUGUUAUAUCACAGCCAUGUACAGUCCUCACAGGACAGGUACUGUUAUAUCACAGCCAUGUACAGUCCUCACAGGACAGGUACUGUUAUAUCACAGCCAUGUACAGUCCUCACAGGACAGGUACUGUUAUAUCACAGCCAUGUACAGUCCUCACAGGACAGGUACUGUUAUAUCACAGCCAUGUACAGUCCUCACAGGACAGGUACUGUUAUAUCACAGCCAUGUACAGUCCUCACAGGACAGGUACUGUUAUAUCACAGCCAUGUACAGUCCUCACAGGACAGGUACUGUUAUAUCACAGCCAUGUACAGUCCUCACAGGACAGGUACUGUUAUAUCACAGCCAUGUACAGUCCUCACAGGACAGGUACUGUUAUAUCACAGCCAUGUACAGUCCUCACAGGACAGGUACUGUUAUAUCACAGCCAUGUACAGUCCUCACAGGACAGGUACUGUUAUAUCACAGCCAUGUACAGUCCUCACAGGACAGGUACUGUUAUAUCACAUCCAUGUACAGUCCUCAGCAGUAGGACACAGGACAGGUACUAUUAUAUCACAUCCAUGUACAGUCAGCAGUAGGACACAGGACAGGUACUAUUAUAUCACAUCCAUGUACAGUCCUCAGCAGUAGGACACAGGGCACUUACCACCGCCGCAGGUAGAGGCACAAGUCACAGCAGACAAUGGAGCCUAUAAAACAAUAGGUCCCUGCACGGGCCAAAAUAAAGCCAUGCAGAAGAUGCCAUGACAACGGGAGGACACGCUCCUAACAUGACGGGAGCACUGCGGGGGUCAGCCCCGGGCAAGCACUCAGAGCACACUCCCCGCUGACCUCCCAGAGCCGCAGCUCUAUUCACACUGUGCAGAAAAUGCCAUGAC